UCAGAACGAUACCUGUAGAUGAUUCUUGUGCUACCCUUGCUCCGGUAAUGACUAUGUAGAGCAACUGUGUGUGUCUGGUAGUUAUUAUAUGGACAAUGUUUCGCGCUCUGCGUAUCGCUGCCGUCCAUCCCAGUAAAAUAGUUGGUGGACGAUGCUUGGCAACUUCGAGUGAAUUUGUUCAGGAGAGCCCACAACUGAAGAAUGUAUUCCUGGAAGAUACCACCUUGACCUCAUUCUUCACUCGAUACGUAUCCAAAGAGGAUAAGCCUGACAUUCACGAUGACUUGAUCUCUUUUGGCGCGCGUGCUGCCACGGAGCUACUGCCCCUUGCGCGGCAAUGCGAAGUAGAGAAGCCCUGGAUCCAGCACUUUGAUGCAUAUGGCAAGCGUGUGGACAAGUUACAUGUCAGUCCAGCAUGGCAUGCUAUGCACAACAUUUCUGCCAGGGAAGGCCUCAUUGCUAUAGCAUACGAGGACCAUGGCACGUACAGCCGCCUUUACCAAGCAUGCAAGCUGAUGCUGUUUGCGUCGACCAGUGGCCUCUACAGCUGCCCACUGGCCAUGACAGAUGGGGCCGUGACUAUUUUGAAGUUUGGUGCACCAAGUCCUGUUGGUGACAUUGCACUCCCGCAUCUACUCUCCCGGUCUGAGUCAUCAUUUUGGACAUCUGGCCAGUGGAUGACAGAGAAGCGUGGUGGAUCUGAUGUAGCUGCUGGGACGCACACAGUUGCUGUUGGUUCUGGCCAGCUGAACUCUGACCAUAAGCUGACGGGCCUCAAGUGGUUCACUUCGGCGUCGGAUGCCAACAUUGCAUUGACUCUGGCUAGAAGCACUGACAGCAGUGGGAAGCCAAUUCCGGGUGGCCGUGGCCUGUCUCUCUACUAUGUUGACGUGCAGGAGAACCUGAAGAAUGGUACAAUCACUGCUCUGCGUCUGAAGGACAAGUUGGGAACUCGGCAACUUCCCACAGCGGAACUCAAUCUCAGCGAUUGUGUGGCAACAAAGCUGAGCGAAGAUGGUCGUGGUAUUGCUUCGAUCUCUCCAAUGCUGACGAUCACUCGUCUUCACAAUUCUAUCAGCUCAGUGUCAGCCAUGAAAAGGAUGGUGCUAUUGGCCCGUGAUUAUUCCCGCCGAAGGACUGCAUUUGGAAAACACAUAGCAGAUUUCCCGCUUCACCUGCAGACCCUCGCUCGAAUGGAGGUUGAGACCCGUGGAUGCACUGUGAUGGUCCUUGAGGUGGCACGGCUCCUUAGCUUGCGGGAGAAAGGCCAAGCGACUACCGAGCAGGAGGCAUUGCUGCGCUUGAUGGUGCCUCUCGCUAAGUUGUACACCGGAAAGCAGGCAGUUGCUGUGGUCUCCGAAGGUCUGGAGGCAUUUGGUGGUCUCGGAUACCUGGAGGAUACCGGCUUACCUGCUAUGUUGCGUGAUGCGCAGGUACUGUCAAUCUGGGAAGGAACAACUAACAUUUUAUCCCUAGAUGUCCUCCGAGCAAUGGAAUCAACAAAGCGAGAGGCAUUCCAUGCUGCCAUCAAAUUCAUCAAGACAACAACAGAAAGCACCGGAGGUGCAGAGGCCAGUCUUGGAGAGUGUUGCACAACAUUGGCAGCACGGACCGAUGCGUUUUGCAGUGCAGUGUCCCGGCUGCCUGUAGAUGCCUAUCCAGUUGCUGCAAGAGACUUUGCCUUUUCACUCUCUCGUCUCCUCAUAGGAUCCCUCCUUAUUGAUCAUGCAGCAUGGAGCAAGGAUGAAAUAUCCAUCGCAGCAGCUAACAGGUGGUGUUCGCGUUCUGAUCUGGUCACACUGUUAUCGCGGUCUGCAUACGACGCAUCUUCACAGGGUAUGGAUUCAUCUCUUGUUUUCGAUGGUUACCUGGCCUAGCUCUGUACGCCCAGUGCAUGUGAUUGUUGGAAGGGUGCAGUCAUGGGUCACUGUAAUAUUUUAAUCUUUCCGCUUGGCACCGUCCAUGCUGAUCUUGAUCGCUAGUUUGUGUAUAGCACAAGCCCUUCCUUUUCUAAAUUUGUUCCGUACCUUGCUUAGUUUCUCAAAUAUUUUUUUUAAUGUUUCUCUCCCUCUAUUCCAAUUGAAUUACUAUAAUUAUUACAAGUAGUGAAGUAUCAAAGAUUAUGUUUACAUGAUGCGCCAAUAGGUGUGCAUGUAGGUUGACUUGUCUUAGUGUUGCUCCGUGAUUUCUUCUUCUGCUUUGGAGUAUGUUUAACAGUUAUUGCAUGUUUGUUCGGCUUCCGAGACUUUGUUCCGCGUACGUGCUAGAAUUGUCUGUAGUAUUGAACAGUUAUUGCAUGUUUGUUCGGCUUCCGAGACUUUGUUCCGCGUGCUGGAAUUGUCUGUAGUAUUGAACAGUUAUUGCAUGUUUGUUCGGCUUCUGAGACUUUGUUCCGCGUGCUAGAAUUUUCUGUAGCAUUGAACAGUUAUUGCAUGUUUGUUCAGCUUCCGAGGCUUUGUUCCGCGUGCUAGAAUUGUCUGUAGUAUUGAACAGUUAUUGCAUGUUUGUUCAGCUUCCGAGGCUUUGUUCCGCGUGCUAGAAUUGUCUGUAGUAUUGAACAGUUAUUGCAUGUUUGUUCAGCUUCCGAGGCUUUGUUCCGCGUGCUAGAAUUGUCUGUAGUAUUGAACAGUUAUUGCAUGUUUGUUCAGCUUC